GGGAUUUGAUUUGUGCAUUUAAAGACAGCUGCUGUUCAGUGCCGCACGUGCGCACUAGUCUUCCGCACGAGCCCCUUCUGCAAAGUCCAGAGACUGUCGAAAAACUGUGUGUUUAAUCUUCGUCUGUGUGCAAGUGGAAGAUGAUGUCCUGUUUGAGAACUUUUGGGCGGAUUAAUGUCGGAAUGAUGGAGUUUCUUGUGGAAAAUGUCGCUAAAAGCAGCGCACUGGGCUUGUACUGCGGCAGCGCGCGCCGAGUCUCGCGACAGAGGCGGUGUUUCAGUAACGGUUCUUCACAGCUUUACCUCAGCAGAACAACUACUGAACAUACUGAACACCCAAUACCAGAGGGAGGUAGGGCAGGUGAAGGUCUCUUCUCAGGAUUGGAGGAUUUGCUGUUCCACACCAUAACUGAUGGGCAGGACAGGAUCCCCAUCUCUCAUUUCAUCAGUGCUAUUAAAAGCACAGGUCUGCUGUCCUCUGACCCCCGUCUGCGGGACUGUAUGGACAAACUGCGGCAAGCUGUCCGAGAAUCCAAUGGUGAUGUCAUGAUGGACCACAAACUAUUUCGCAGAUGUGUAGGCAGAAACAUCGUCCUGCUCUCCCAAGCUUUCAGAAAGAAAUUUAUCAUUCCAGAGUUUGAUACAUUUGUUGGUGUCAUAAAUCAGAUCUAUAACAGAGCUAAACAGCAGCACGAAGGUCAAGUAGCAGACUACAUUCCACACCUUGCCAAGUUCAGUCCCAGUCUUUGGGGGAUUUCACUGUGCACAGUGGACGGUCAGAGGCACUCAGUAGGUGACACCAAGGUGCCAUUUUGCCUGCAGUCAUGUGUGAAGCCACUGGAAUAUGCCAUUGCUGUACAUGAGCACGGAACUGAACAUGUGCACCAUUUUGUAGGGAAGGAGCCCAGUGGGCUAAAGUUCAACAUGCUCUCCCUUGAUGAUGAUGAUAAACCUCACAAUCCGAUGGUGAAUGCAGGAGCAAUUGUCAUCAGCUCUCUUAUCAAGCCUGGGGCCAACAAAGCAGAGAAAUUUGACUAUGUGAUGGACUUUGUGCAGAAAAUGGCAGGCAAGGAAUAUGUAGGCUUCAGUAAUGCCACGUUUCAGUCAGAAAAGGAGACGGGAGACAGAAACUUUGCAAUAGGCUACUACCUGAAAGAGAAAAAGUGUUUUCCUCAUGGGGCAGAUAUGAUUGAUGCUCUAGACUUCUACUUCCAGCUGUGCUCUAUUGAGGUGACAUGUGAGUCAGGCAGUGUGAUGGCGGCCACGCUGGCCAACGGAGGAAUCUGUCCCAUCACUGGCGAGCGAGUACUGAGCUCUGAGGCUGUGAGGAACACACUCAGCCUCAUGCACUCAUGCGGCAUGUAUGACUACUCUGGCCACUUUGCCUUUCAUGUGGGAUUGCCUGCUAAGUCGGGGGUGUCAGGAGCCGUGUUGUUAGUGGUGCCCAAUGUGAUGGGGGUCAUGUGCUGGUCACCACCGUUGGACAGGCUGGGGAACAGUGUAAGAGGCAUCCGCUUCUGUCAGGAACUGGUGUCCCACUUCAACUUCCAUAAUUAUGACAAUCUGAGACACUUUGUUAAGAAACAGGAUCCACGUCGACAAUCCGGUGAUGAAAGGAACAAGUCUGUGGUGAACCUGAUGUUUGCAGCUCAUAGUGGAGAUGUUUCAGCCCUCAGGAGGUUUGCACUGUCUUCUAUGGAUUUGGACCAGAAGGACUAUGACUGUCGUACAGCACUUCAUGUUGCUGCUGCAGAAGGUCACGUGGAGGUUGUGCGGUUUUUGACACGUACAUGCAAAGUGAACCCGUUUGUGAAGGACAGGUGGGGAAACAUUCCUCUGGAUGAUGCGCUGCAGUUCGGUCAUGACAGCAUCGUGAAGAUUCUGCAGGAGUAUCAGCGGGCCUUUGAGGUUUUCACAGAAGACACUCAAAAACUUGGCUCUGCUGCAUGGCAGUGAAUGAAUGCUUUGGAUUCUGGUGUUAAAAACUAUUAUUAUACUUUAUACGUAAGACAUUUAACUUUACGUUAAAAUGUAGAGACACUCAUCUCACAUAACAGAUCAGAAAAGGUAACAGGUCUCUAACCUGCUCUUUCAUUUUAUUGACACCAUUGUACUGAAGUCACAGAGUGUGUAUUUAAUCUUGCUGCUGCUUUGAUCUACAGUAAUAGAUUGUGUGUGGAACUCUGAUUAGUUGUAAACAGGAUGUACAUGCCUGGGCAAAAAAAAAGGGCCCAAAAUGGCAAAAUAUUAAGCUUUUAAUGGUCUUAAAAACAAAUCAUUGGUCAGGAAAUUAGCAAGAAUUAAACAAAUACUGUAGAUUUCUCCCUGCUGUAUCAAUCCUGGUUCCAUUUAUGAGCUUGUGAUCAGGUCCUUGAUGGGCUGCAUCAGAUGUGGCAGAUAACCAAAUAUCCCAGAAGAUAUUUUUGGAAAAUUUUGUACACCCAGACGUGUUAGUUUGAAUUUUGCAUCAAACAUUAUAAUGAUUAUAAUGAUUAAAGACAAAUGCUGGAUGUAGGGCUGUGACAAUACACCAGUAUACUGCAAUGAUAUGAUUAUGUCAAUUCAUGUUACAUUAUACAGUUUAAAGUGCUGCACAUCCCAUGAAAUAUAGCAUACAUUUUAAAGAACAAACAUACCAGCUGAUUGAAGCUUAAAUGUACAACAUAGACUCUUUAUAGAUAUUCCCACAAACAGAGCAGCUCCAUGAAGUCACAUCGACAUAGUCUGAUUUUCUUCCCAGUUAGGCUUAAUCAGUAUCUUGAAAGCAAAUGUCACGUUUUGGUGUCCGAUAAAAUGGCUGUGCGUGCUGCAUUCUUUAUAGCACUAAAGAUAGCUGGAGCAUGUUUUUUUCACAGUGUCACUCAGUGCCCUAGUGCAUGCUGUUGUUACACUGUAGUAGAAUUAGCUUCUUCAUAAUUUUAUUAAGAAGUAAAUGAACAGUAAAUUAUCAGGCUACCUUUAAAUUGUUAAUGAAAUGACUCUUGCACUACAUUAGGUAAAUAGGUGAAGAUAGUAUGUACAAGACAAAUAUAUUACUCUAUUUGUGUAUAAAUGGGUAAGCAUUCUUUAAGAACAAGUCAUUUAUUAGGGAAUAGAUUUAUUAAGGACUAGGUUUUAAUUCUUCAGCUGAACUUCCUUAAAGGUUACUCAGUCAGUAAAGCUGUGACACAUCAAGACGACUGUCACCUGUAGUUUUUGCAUUGUGUCGUGUGCUGUUUGGCUGAUUGAGCAUGUUGAAUUGCUGUCAGAGGCCAGUGUUUACUGAGUGGUUGUUCAGCCGAGCGAAACAGUGCAGGAGAAGACAUAUGGAGUGAGCAAAGCAAAGAAAUAACACACUCAAAAGGGCAUACACAGAGUAUCUAACUCUUCACCUCUUCCUAAUCUUUUUUUUUUUUGAAAAUGGUCGAGAAUAGCAUUUAAAUUUCAAGCUGCUUGUGUAAAUUCACCUUGAUGUAAACUAAUUUGUUUAUCUACAUCUCAAGUACUAGUAAGGACUACACACAGGUGAUGAAUUAAAGAGAAAACCUGAUUAACUGAGCAUAGAAACAUAAUGAAUGACUGAACUUCUGCAUGAUACAAUUAGGCAAUUAAGAUUCUACCAUGUAUGUAGAUGUAUAUAAAUGCUGAGUAGUCCUAAUUAACCUUGAUUUUGGACCAAUAUGGCAAAAAGAAAAGAUCUAAGGGAAGAGAUCUUUAAAAGAAGUUUCAUUAUUGGGGCUGGAUGGCAGGAGCUCCAGUCACAAAGAUGGCUCUGCUGGCUGUGUUUCAAUAGGAAAAUGAAAUACAUUCCUACAUUAACAUCUAUAGAAAAGACAUCUGGGUUGAAAGAAAACAUUCACUGACCGUGAUGCUCAUGUAUUAGAGCGAUAUGUAAGGAUAUGUAAGAGCCACUGCUCUUGAGGGAACUGAGAAUGUCAAUGCAGGACAUGAUGCUUUAAUCUGUAUGUGUCAUUGCCUUAAGGUUGUGACAGGAAGGUUGUGAGUUUACAUCCCCAGACUGUCAGAGUAUCAAUUGUAAGUCAGUUUGGAUAAAAGCAUCUGUCAAGUAAAUGAAUGUCGUAUUAGCUUUAGGGAAAAAUCUGCAGUAGUGACUGAACUGGUUAGAUAUCAUUUCAUUAUUCUGAAAUUGCUACCCCAUUUUAAUUUUUUUUAUUUAGUUCUUUCUGCCAUAAAAUGGAUUGUAUAUUACUGUGCUGUAUAUUACUGUAUAUAUUUGUAAUGGAAAUGGGGCUAUGGAUGUUAUUUUAUCAAAAUGAUUUUGUCAUGGUUGCUCUGACUUCGGCGCAGGACUACGGUUCUCAUCAGCCACCGCACCUCACCGGAUCAUGGCACAUGACUGUUUGCACCUGAUUCAGGUUUUGGUUUAAUGAGCACUUGUAUUUAAAUCUUGUCUUGCACAGCACACAUUGUCUAGCGUUUGUCUUUUGUUGUUGUUUGUUGUCAUGUUGUGCGCUGUAGUCCAUGUAUGCCUUUUUGCCUUGAAAUCAUAGCUCAUGUUUUGGUGUCUAAGUUUGCGGUGUCUGUAUCAUUCAGUUUUUAUUAAAAUAGAAAUAUGCACUUGCA